AUGGCUGAUAAAUAUAUUGAUAAAACUCAAGAAUUAAUGGGAGAUCUUAAUAGUAAGGAUAUUCAUCUAUUAAAAAACCCAUGGCUAACUUUAACAUUGGCAUUUAUAUUUGUAUCUAAUUUUCUAAAAAAAAGUGUUGUAAAGAUUAUUUCAGAUUGGUAUAAGGGGUUAAUACUCUUAAUUUUAAUAGGAAUAAUUAUAUGGAUAACAAGCUUUGUUGAAGGUUAUCAUACUGAAUUAUAUAGAGAGCUAUAUAUUACUAUAUUAAAUAUAGUGUGGUGGGUAUUUUUAGGUUUCCUGAGUUCUGUUGGUCUUGGAUGUGGUCUUCAUACAGGGUUACUAUUUUUAUUUCCUCAUAUAUAUUCUAUCAUAUCUACAGCCGAAACUUUCAAUACUUUUAAUUUCGAUCCAAGAAUUAAUAUGUGGCGAAAUAUACUAGGACCUGGUGAGUAUUUUCCUUGUAAUAUACAAGAUCAGCCAAAUGAAAUAGAUUUACCAAUUUCAUUAUUAUCACUCUUAUUAAAAAUUUUACCUUAUUCACUUUUAUGGGGAUUUGGUACUGUUUUAGGAGAGAUUCCACCAUAUGCGGCAGCAUAUGCAGCUGCUAAAGCUCGCUUGAAUAUUAAUAAUAAUAUUAAAGGUGCUAUAGGUCAUUUAUUUAUUGCAAAUGCUAAUGAUAUUAAAAAUGAAGAUCUGAGAUCUAUUAGAAAUGAUAAAAUUAGUAAAGAAGGAAAUAUAAUAGAAGAUUUAGAUGAUUGUAAGUAUGAAGUGAAAGCUUAUAAAAGUACUUUUAAUUUGUCUAAAGAAACAGCUACAAUGAUUACAAAUGAGAACUAUAAAAAUUUAGAUAGAACUGAUAUUACACAAAAUCAACUAGAUAGUUUUAAUAUAGAAAUUGUGAAUAAUAACAAUGAAGGUAAAUUUAUAAGAUUAAUGAAAAUUAUAAUAUUGAAGUUAAUUGAAAAUUUAGGUGGAUAUGGUGUUUUUGUAUUAAGCUGUUGGCCAAAUUUAAUGUUCGACUUAUGCGGUAUUGUAUGUGGUCACUUUAUGAUGCCAUUUUGGAACUUUUUUAUUGCCUUAGUACUUGGAAAAUGUAUUGUAAAAGUAUUACUUCAGACUACCUUUCUGGUAUUUUUAUUUUCAAAGAGAUAUGAUAGUCAACAUGCAGAAAUAAUAAUGUGGUUUGUUCAAUUUUGGCCAUUAUCAGUAAUUUUUGGAAGAAAAGAUAAUUUAAAAAUAAGAAUACAAGAAGAAUUAAAUUAUAUAAGAUAUAUAUUAAGUUCUGGAGAUAGUAGUAAUAAGAACAUGACUUCUCCUUAUAAGAAUUUUGAACUUAACACACUUUGGAAUAUUUUAUCACAAAAAUUAACAAUAUCUGCAAUAUUUACAUUAAUAACAAUCUUUAUAAUUUUAUCACUUUUAGUGUCUCUUAUUAAUGAGGCUGCAAAAUAUCAACAUGAAAUAAAUAAAAAGAAAAUUAGGAAGAGAAAUUAG